UAAGACAUUAUCACAUAUAAUGUAUAAUUUGCAAGUUGUUAAUGUAAAAUUGCAUAGGUUACUACGUUGUGUAUUUAAUCAAUUUUUUAAUAACGAUAGUUAACAUAUACAUAUAUAACACUUAUAGUCCAAUUAAUUACGUAAUUAUAUAAAAAAAGGCAUUACAUUUUUUAAAAAUCAUGUUAAAAUUUCAUUGUUUGAGUGGGAAGUCGUUUAGACAUUCCCUCUGUAAUCCAUAUGUGGAUUUUAUGUACAUAAAAAGGCACUCACAUAAACUUAAUAUGAAGAAAUGGUAUCAGGCAUUGGAGGUUCCAGAAGACUGUGAAGAUGAAACACUAAGACUAGCAUUUGUCUAUUUGGCAAAAAGGUUUCAUCCAGACAGUGGUACAGCAGAAGCUAGUGCAGUCAAAUUUUCUGAGAUUGAAAAUGCCUAUAGACAAAUUCGUAAAGCAAGAAUGGAACAGAAAGACAAUACUACAGAGUUACCUGAAGUUCAAGAAUUUGAUAUCAAACAUACAGCACCACAACAUCGUCAUUACUUAGCAUACAAUGUAGGAAUUGGGACACCUAGUAAAAGACAAAAGCUGUAUAGUAUAGAAAAGGCUCAAAAAGCUGUUGAUAAUGUAAUGGAGCAUAGGUUAAAAAGAUUGCAAGCUGAAGAGCGUAACACAUUGGUUGGAAUGGAUAAACAACGUGCAAAAGAUAUUAAAACACGUUUUGGUAUGGAUCGUCUAGUGGAAGAUUUAAUUCAAGAAGCCAUGAAUAAAGGUGAAUUCAGUGAUUUGCCAGGAAUGGGUAAACCAUUAAAAGAGAAUACAAAUACUCGAAAUCCAUAUGUUGAUUUUGUUACUUAUAAAUUAAAUGAGAUAUUAAUAGAAAAUGGAUUUACCCCUGAGUGGAUACAGUUAUCUAAAGAAAUUAGAGAACAGAAACAAGAUUUACAAAACAAACUUGCAGAAGCACGAAAUAAUGUAGGACCUAUCCCAUUAAGUCCUGGAGAAGAAGUAAUUUGGCAAAAUAUUUUGGAUGAUUUUAAAUCCACGACAAAACAAAUAAAUAAAAAGAUUGAUAAAUACAAUCUAUUGGUACCUGUACUACAGAAACAAAUGUUUCAUGUUAAAUUAGAUGAUUUUGCAAAUGAAGCACUUGCUAUGCCCCCGAAAAUAAAGAAAAAAUAUUCUCAUUCAAAAAAUAAAGAUUCUAAUUUUAUUGUUAACAAAAGUGACAAUAGUAUACUUGACAUGAUAUUUUCGAUUUUCAAUAGAAAACAUCCGUGAACAGUGAUAUGUACUUUU